CGAACAAAUCUAUACUCUCUAAUCUAGCCAGCUCAGCACGUAUGCGCGCGCAGCAAUUGCUGCUGGCCAGUUGAGCGUCCAAUUUGGCGACCAUCGCAAGCAAUUCCUGUUGACCACCGGCGAUGCAGAUCCCAUAAGUCAUCUCACAUGCAUUUCAUUUAUUGGUUAGUAUUCUCCUCAUCCAAUCGGGAUUGUUCUUCGAAUCACUUCUAAUCGUCACGUUCGUGGAUGUAUAUAUACAUGUACUUGCUAUGCGAGUCUAUGACCGCCAUGCAAGACAUUCAGGCAUUGCAAGUCUUGCUGCGAUCGGGAGCAUUUUGAUAUUGCUGGGCAGCAUUUGCAACUUGCAAGGAACUGUCGGCCGGGAGCAAGGAAUAGCUAGAUAAUAGGCAUGCCGUCGCUUCAAGCGGUGAUGGGCGGCGGCGGCGGCGGCGGCAGGAAAGGCGGCGGCGUGUCGGGGAAUGAUGGUACGAAUACGAGUAGUACUACCCUGGUGAGCCUCCUCCGGGCGAGGUCGGAGCGGAGCGCGAGGGCGGAGGAGAGGGUGGAGUGGGUGCGGUCGCAGCUCGUCGGCGGCGACGCCGAGUUCGAGACUCCCUUCGGCCGCCGCGCGCUGCUCUACGCCGACCACACAGCCUCCGGCCGCGCGCUGCUCUACAUCGAGGACUACAUCCUCAAGCACCUCCUCCCCUUCUACGGGAACACGCACACGGAAGACAGCUACGUGGGGAGCCGGACGACGCGGACGGCAAGGAAGGCGGCGCGCUACAUCAAGCGGUGCAUGGGCGCGGGCCCCGGCGACGCGCUGCUCUUCUGCGGCUCGGGCGCCACGGCGGCCGCCAAACGGCUGCAGGAGGCCAUCGGGGUGGCGCCGUGCCCGGCGGCGGCGCUGCGGGCUCGCCAGCUGCUGCGCCCGGAGGAGCGGUGGAUCGUCUUCGUGGGGCCCUACGAGCACCACUCCAACCUCCUGUCGUGGCGCCGGAGCCUCGCCGACGUCGUCGAGGUCCCCGCGGCUGGCGACGGGCUCGUCGACCUCGAAGCGCUCCGGCGAGCGCUGGCGGCGCCCGAGCACGCCGACCGCCCCAUGCUGGGCGCCUUCUCGGCGUGCAGCAACGUCACCGGCGUGCUCACCGACACCCGCGCCAUCGCACGCAUCCUCCACCAGCACGGCGCCUUCGCGUGCUUCGACUUCGCCGCCAGUGGGCCCUACGUGGACAUCGACAUGAGGUCGGGGGAGAUGGACGGGUACGACGCGGUGUUCCUGAGCCCGCACAAGUUCGUCGGUGGGCCGGGCACACCGGGUAUCCUGCUCAUGAACCAGGCGCUCUACCGCCUCGCCGGCCACCCGCCGACCACCUGCGGCGGCGGCACCGUCGCCUACGUCAACGGCUUCAGCGAAGAGGACACGGUGUACUACGAGGACAUCGAGGAGCGGGAGGACGCCGGCACGCCGCCGAUCGUGCAGAAGGUGCGCGCGUCGCUGGCGUUCUGGGUCAAGGAGCACGUCGGCCGCGACGCCGUCGCGCUUCGGGAGCGCGCCUACGCCGACGCCGCCAUGGCGCGGCUGCUCGCCAACCCAAACGUCGAGGUUCUCGGCAACGUCACGGCGCGCCGCCUCCCCAUCUUCUCCUUCCUCGUCUACCCACCCGACGGCGACCGCCGGCGGCUGCCCCUGCACGGCCGGUUCGUGGCCAGGCUCCUCAACGACCUGUUCGGGAUCCAGGCACGGGGCGGGUGCGCGUGCGCGGGGCCCUACGGGCACGCGCUCCUCGGCGUCGGCGAGGAGCUCUCGCUCCGCAUCCGCGCCGCCAUCGUCCGGGGCUUCCACGGCGUGAAGCCCGGGUGGACGCGGGUGAGCUUCGCCUACUACAUGUCCCGCGAGGAGCUCCGGUUCGUGCUCGCCGCCGUCGACUUCGUCGCCGCGCACGGCCACCGAUUCCUCCCGCUCUACGCCUUCGACUGGGCCACGGGCAACUGGGCGUUCCGGCGACGGACGUUCAAGCACCACGCCAUGAGGGAGGACCUUCUCCGCGGCGGCGACCAUCGUCGUCACGUCGCCGCUAAUGCUGACGACCAAAAGAAGAAGGCCGCCGCCAGCGGGGAUGGUCAGGCCGCCGAUGGUGGGGGGCUCGUCGGUGACAAGUACGAGAGCUACCUGGAGAUCGCCACCAGGAUCGCGCUCUCGCUGCCGGACACGUACGACGAGCUCGUUUCGAGCGUGCCCAAGGGAAUAGAUCCUGACAUUAUACUCUUUCGAGUGUGAUUCAAUCAUCGGUGUGGAACCGUAUCGUCGAUCGACUUGAGGCUCCAAUUAAGCACUAAAAUAGUACUGCUAUAUACUGUAUAGCGUAUAAAAUCGAUUACAGGGUUUUCUUUUUCUUUGUGGAAACCAAAUUUAUAGAGUUUCCGCUAACAGGGAAGAUGAGCCUGUAGAAUCUUACUGCUUGUUAUGAGACUGUAUAUGAGGGCAUUAUACUUGUACCA